CCUGCAAAGUUUUCUUUGCCAAGGACCCUCUGAAGAUAGUGCGUGCUCAGGGCCAAUACAUGUUUGAUGAGAAAGGAGAAAAAUACUUAGACUGUAUCAACAACGUUGCACAUGUUGGCCACAGCCAUCCAUACGUGAUAAAGGCUGCAACAAAACAGAUGGAACUGCUCAAUACAAAUUCCCGGUUCCUGCAUGACAACCUUGUUCAGUAUGCGCAACGUCUCACAGCCACCCUGCCCGAGAAACUCUCUGUUUGCUAUUUUGUUAACUCUGGGUCUGAAGCAAAUGAUCUUGCUUUACGACUGGCUCGGCAGUACCAUGGGCACCAAGAUGUGAUCACCCUUGAAAAUGCUUACCAUGGCCAUGUUACAUCUCUGAUUGACAUCAGUCCCUAUAAAUUUAAUCAGCUGGGAAAGGACAGCAAGAAGGAGUUUGUGCAUGUGGCUCCUUCUCCAGAUAUCUACAGAGGGAAAUACAGGGAAGACGACCCAGAUCCAGCAAGUGCUUAUGCUGAAGAGGUGAAAAAGAUUAUUGAAGAAACGCAGAAGAAUGGACGCAAGAUUGCUGCCUUCAUAGCAGAAUCCAUGCAGAGCUGUGGAGGCCAAGUAAUUCCACCUGUGGGCUAUUUCCAGAAAGUGGCAGAGUACGUGCGUGAGGCAGGUGGAGUGUUCAUAGCUGAUGAGGUCCAGGUUGGCUUUGGCAGAGUUGGGAAGCAUUUUUGGGCAUUCCAGCUGCAAGGCGAAGACUUUGUGCCUGACAUUGUUACCAUGGGAAAGCCCAUUGGCAAUGGCCACCCUAUGUCUUGUGUGGUCACAACAAGGGAAAUCGCUGAAAGUUUUGGUGCCUCCGGACUGGAGUAUUUCAAUACAUUUGGAGGCAAUCCAGUGUCUUGUGCUAUUGGUUUGGCUGUGCUGGAGGUAAUAGAAAAAGAAGAUCUCCAAGGAAAUGCUACACGUGUAGGAAAUUACCUCCUGGAGUUGCUGGCUGAGCAAAAGGAGAAACACCCCUUAGUGGGAGAUAUCAGGGGUGUUGGAUUGUUUGUUGGAGUGGAUCUGGUGAAAGAUCAACAAAAGCGAACACCAGCCACAGCUGAAGCCCUUCACCUUAUUUACAAGCUGAAAGAGCAUCAAAUCCUUCUUAGUGCAGAUGGACCCCACAGAAAUAUACUAAAAUUUAAACCACCAAUGUGUUUCACAAUGGAAGAUGCAAAACACGUAGUGGAGACAAUUGAUGCACUUCUCACAGAAAUGGAAGAGGCAACUGGAAUGAAGACAGAAAAUAAUGCACAGUGUAAAAGAAAAACAACUGAAGAGAGUUCUCAACCAGGAGGUGCAAAUGAAAGCAUCGGCCACAUGAAUGGAGCUGCCUGCAGACAAGAAAAUAGGCUUUAUUCUAAAAAACGCUCAGUGCCAAGUAAAAGAAUAAGAACAUGAAGAGGGAAAGUUCCUUCAUUCAGUUUGAAUUUGUGUCCGGCUUGCUUUUGAGAUGAAGAGUGCAAUAGCCCGAGUCCUAGGAUCUGUUUGAAGCCUAGUCCUAGCUUCCAUAAACUGGCUGAAUUCCUAUUAGCUUCAGUAGGAGUUUAAAAUACCUUUUCAGAUACAUGAGAACUGCACCAUGUGGCUUGAAAUCUAGAUGUGAUGGAACAGACCAGUGAUACACAAAUACUUUGGUGCUGAUGGCAGGCUUGACAUAGGUGCACAAACUCAGUGAAAACUGUGGAUUUACCUGUAUUACACAGAAUCUGAAUUGCUUAACCACCAUACAAGCAAAUGCCAAUCCUAUUAAGUUUAAAAUUAUAUGUUUAACAUGCUAUUUUUACAAUAUUUUAAAUUUCAAUAUGUAAUAUUGAGAUAAUUACUUCCCAUGUUUUAAUGGCUGAGUUCACAAAACAAUGCUCGAGAGAGAAAUCAUUAUUAUCUUCCAGUGUAACUUAGGUCCUAUGGACCAUAUUCCCAGCUGAUGUAAAUUGGUGUAGCUUUGUUAAUGUAA